AUGCAGAUAGGCAGGGAUCCCCGGAUCAGCGGCCCCAUCCUAGCGGCUGCACUUGCAGCAGGUCUGACGAGCAAGGGAGUGCAUGUGGCGCGCUUUGGCUACGCCACAACUCCCGCCAUGUUCAUGAGCACCAUCUCAAAAGGCUACGAGUAUGACGGGGCAGUGAUGAUAACGGCGUCGCAUCUGCCAUACAACCGCAACGGCUUCAAGUUCUUCACGCGCGACGGCGGCUUCGAGAAGGGCGACGUGUCGCAGCUGCUGCAGCUGGCGGUUGCCGAGCACGCGGCCGAGGACGCGCCGCACACGCGCCCGGGCGACAGAUACACCGACGACGCCUUCGUGCUGGCCUCCGCGCUGCACACCGACCCCGGCCUCAUAGACUACGUGGAUUUCAUGCCGGUGUAUGCGGCGCACCUGCGGGAGAUCAUAAAGAAGGGGAUCGACCACCCAGACAACUACGAGCGCCCGCUGGAGGGGUUCAAGAUCAUUGUCGACGCCGGCAACGGCAGCGGCGGAUUCCUGGCCUCCGACGUGCUCGCGCCCCUGGGGGCCGACACCACAGGCGCGCACCUUUCUAGCAGCCAGUACCUGGACCCGGACGGCUGGUUCCCCAACCACGUGCCCAAUCCCGAGGACAAGGCGGCAAUGGCGGCCGGCGUGCGCGCAGUCAACGCAUCGCGCGCCGACCUCGGCAUCGUCGUGGACACGGACGUGGACCGCUCGGCCGUUGUGGCCGGAAAUGGGACGCCCAUCAACUCCAACCGAUACAUCGCCCUCAUGGCCUACAUUGCGCUCAGGAAGUACCCCGGGACGACGAUAGUGACGGACUCGGUGACGAGCAAUGGGCUGACGGAGUUCAUAACGGGCCUGGGCGGCAAGCACUUCCGCUACCGGCGCGGCUACAAAAAUGUGAUCGGCCAGGGGGUCAAGCUCAACCAGCAGGGCGUGCGCACGGAGCUAAUGAUGGAGACCAGCGGGCAUGGGGCAAUGAAGGAGAACUACUAUCUGGACGAUGGCACGUACAGCGCGAGCCAGAUUGUGAUCAUCAUGGUGAAGCGCUACCUGGAGGGCCUGGGCAAGGACAUCUAUGUCAGCCUGCUCGCCGACCUCAAGGAGCCCGUCGAGUCCAACGAGUUCAGGCUCAAGCUCAAGGGGGAUGACUUCCAGAAGGAUGGCCAGGCCAUCCUGGCUGGGUUCCAUGAUUGGAUCGAGGAUGGCGCGGGCGGAGCACAGGGGUGGGAGCUGGAGAAGGAGAACCACGAGGGCUGGCGCGUGUCGGUGGACGAGGGCGACGGCCGCAGGGGAUGGGCGCUACUGCGCGCUAGCCUGCACGACCCUCUCCUUGUUCUCAACGUUGAGUCCGACCAGCGCGGAGGGUCAUGCGGCAUUGUGCGGCAGAUAGUCACGUUCUUUGAGGAGGCGACUGAUGAGAGCAUUGUGGACGCUUCAAAGCUGUACGAGGGCUGCUCAAUCCAGACAUUGAAAUAUUGAUCUCUUUUUUGACCACCUAGCUGAUCUUUGAGCAUCAUAAAUGAUGCACCAUCGUUAUGCCACUGGUACCAGUAUUUUUAUAUUUGUGAGGCCUCGAAUGUUUCAAGCAGAGGUAGAUUGUGGAGAACAAGCGAUCUUGUGCAUAUGCAUGCUAUGCUGGCGCCAACUUGGUGGGGAAUGCAACAAGAAGAAGAAAAAUAGGCAUGCGUCUUGAAUGUAGAGUUUUCAAGAGAGGAAAGGAAUGAGAUUGCCUGUUUGGAAUGACCUACAUAUGACCUACAUAUGAUAAGGUUACGCAAGGAUGACCAUGUGUCUAGAGAUUUCUAAAGAUCAAUUUCAACUUACUCAUAUAAUGUCGUAGCAGAUGCAAUAUUUCCUGUC